AUGGUGAACGGCAGAUACAAGAAGUCUGUAUGUGAUGUAAAAGUUCUGCGUGGUGCAGAUGUCAAUUCAGUUCACCAUCUAGUACUGGCUAAAGUAAAGAUGAAGCUCUGCAGAAACCUAAAACCAAAGGAAAGCAACAGGAAGAUGUAUGGUGUCAACAAAUUGAAAGAUCCAAAAAUAAGCAAAGGAUUCCAAAUUGAACCAAGGAAUAGGUUUCAGCAACUGGUCGAUGACGAAAACACAAUUAAUGAAAAAUGGACUCUUGUAAAAGAAUCUUAUAAUGAAACAACAGACAGAAAAGAUCCUGGGCCAGAAAAAAAGGAAGCACAAAGACUGGCUAACUGCAGAAACUUACAGAGCCAUAGAUAUAAGGAGAAAACUAAAGGAAGAAAUAGAAGAUCAAAUUUGGAGAGAGUAAAGGAAAUUAAGAGAGAAGAAUAUAAGACCAAAGACAAAGCAGUGAAAAGAAGCGCAAGAGGUGAUAAAAGGAAAAAUUUGGAAGAUGUAGCUAACCAAGCAGAGAAUGCAGCAAAUACAAACCGUUUGAAUAAAGUUUACCAACUGACCAAGCAGCUUUGUGGGAGAAGAAGAAACAGGACAAGUGGCAUAAGGUCCAAGAAUGGUGAUCUAAUCUUUGAGGAUGGAAAAAUAUUGGAGAGAUGGAAAGAGCAUUUUGGAGAGGUCCCAAACGUCCCAACAGAAACAAUGGAUUUACGCGAAGGAUGCAUCAUCCACGAGAAUGAAAUUAAAGAAAUUGACACAACACCAAUUAGAGAGGAGGAGGUUGAAAAAGCAAUCCAAAAAGUGAAGAGGGGAAAGAGUCCUGGCAUAGAUAACAUCAAUGCGGAGCUAUUAAAGGAGAGCGUAUCAUAUUCAACAGCAGAGCUAACAUAG